AUGGUUCUUUUCUUUUCUUUCUUUGGUUGUUAUUAUUGUUUUUUUUUUUUAAAGUUCUUUCAUUUUUCUUCUAGAAAGAUUUUUUUCUUCCGUUUUUACUUAAUUCAUUUCCUUUUUUCGUUUUUAUUUUGUUUCUCUAACGUAUUUAUUUUUUUUUGUUUUUCUUUCUUUCUUAGUCAAAUUUAUUUUUAUUCUAACACAUUUUUUUCUUUCUUUCUUAUUCUACGAAGCAAUUGUUCAUUAUUUCUUUAUUUUUUUCCUAAGGCAAACUCUUUCUCUCUUUCUUUGAUUGAUUUUACUUUAAUUUUACUUUAUUUAUUUCUAAAUCCGGUUCUUUUUUCUUUAUUUCUUCCUAUUUGCGAAAUUCAUUCAUUCAUUCUUUUUUUUUCUUUCUUUGUUUUUUUUUAUAGUUUCUUCCAAAAUAUAUUCAUCCAUUCUUUCUUUUUUAGCUGGGUUUAUUAUUUUUCUAACGUAUAUUCUUUCUUUCUUUCUUUCUUUCUUUUUUCACUAUCAAUUCUUUUUAUUGUUUCUCUAAUGCAUAUUUUUCUUUCUUUUUCUUUCUUUCUUUCUCUUUCUUUCCGUUUCUUUUUUCUUUCUUUUAUUAAAUUUAUGUUCUGUCUUUUUUAUUCUACGAGAGGUUCCUUAAUUUCUUUCUAUUUAUUUUCUUUACUUUUCUCCCCCUUAAUUUUAAAUUUGUUCAAAUUUCUUCUUUUGGAUUCCUUACUUCAAUUGUCAUUAUUUUUCAUUCACUUCCGCCUUGUAUCUAUUUCCGUUUAUUUCCUUGCUUCUUUUUUGCAUUCAUUGCUCUUUCUUUCUAUAUUUCUUUUCUUUCUUUCAUUUUUAAAAUCCAACGAUUUAUUUUUCUGCAUCAUUUUCUGUCUUCUUUUCCCUUCUUUUUUCUUUCGAUAUUUAUUCAAAUCAUUUUCUUUUCUUUUUUACUUUUUUUUCUUUUUCUUAUUUUUUUACUCCUCGGAUUCGGCUUUCUUCUUCUUCUACGACUACUAUUAUUAUUAUUAUUAUUAUUACUUUUCUUUCUUUAUCACGCAUUCUCUUCGUUCCUCUUUUUUUCUUUUUCACAAUGCCCCAUAUUUCCCUAUCGUUCUUUUUCCUCUUUCUUUUGUCAUUUAG